AUGGCGUCCACAAAAGCUGCCCGGUUGGGCGAGGAGAUCUGGAAGACGCGUGUGGACAAGGUCAGCGCUGAGCUUGUCACUUUGACCUAUGGCACCAUCGUCGCCCAAUUGUGCAAAGACUUCGAGUACGAUUACCCCGAGGUGAAUAAGCAAUUGGAUAGAAUGGGCUACAACAUCGGGAUGCGGAUGAUUGAGGAUUUCCUGGCAAAGACGAGCGUGCCGGCAUGCUCGAACUUCCGCGAGGUGGCAGAGAUGAUCUCAAAGGUCGGCUUCAAGAUAUUCCUCAACAUCACACCCACGAUCACGAACUGGUCGAGCGAUAGCAAGCAAUUCUCCCUGAUAUUCGACGAGAACCCGCUGGCGGACUUUGUAGAGUUGCCGGACGACGGUCGCGCCCAGGACGAGCUAUGGUUUUCCAACAUACUGGUCGGCGUUCUACGGGGAGCCCUUGAGAUGGUACAUAUGCAAGUGGAGGUCCACUUCAUCAGUGACAUUCUGCGAGGCAACGACACCACUGAGAUGAGGAUAUCUUUGAUUCGUUACAUCGAUGAUGAGAUGCCUCCUGACGAUGAGUGA